AGUUUCCAACUUUUCGUUUGUUCUGUUUGCAAAAGUUUUUUGUAACAACACAUUUUACGUAGACACCGUGACUGUGUUUCUCUGCUCUUUUAAUAAGCAGUUGCUGUUUGUUCAAUGCUCAUUUUGUGGUAACAUUUUCCGCGGGAACCGCACUGCGCGCUACUCUCUUUUGUAAAAUAUCAGGUUGGUCAUCCAUUGCGUUAAUUUGCCCCGAUUAAUUUAUGACGACGCAAAAGUUUGCGAGAGAAUAAUGGUGAUGUAGAAUCGACCUGAGAUGCUAAGCAGACUAAUACAUUUUGUGAAGCGACCUGAAACAGAGGUUAUAUGAAGAUGGCAAACAAGCUGAGUAACUGUUAUGCAAAAUUGAUGAGCGGUGACAAUUUUCCUUACCUGCUUGCUUGUUUUGAACCUCACGGAAACAUUUCCGUGAGAUCAGUGAGUAGCACAAAGCUAUUAAGAAAGCUGGAUAUAGACCUCAACCGAUCUAUUAUCAGUGAAAUGAUUUGGGUUAAAUUGGUUACUUCAAGUGGUGUUGGUCAAGACUGUCCGCUUUUCCCAUUUUUAGUUGACUUUGUCAUGGAGAUGACACUUUCAUCCGAAUUUGAAGGGUUCAUCUUCCACUAGGAUAUCCACUUGUUGACUUGAAUACGCAGGUGGUAUAGUUCUAUUUGUUGAAGGAUCUGAACAAAUGCAGUCUCAUGAUCACUUUGAAAAAACAGUGAAAGUAUGUUUGGGACGUGGUUCUCUCCUUCCAAGCGUAAAAUGUCACUUCAGGAUUGGCUUGCGUUGGCUCUUGAAUUAGUGAUAAGGAGUGAAGUUGUUGAUUGCAUUGACAACUUCACUUAUCUUGGGAGUUUGAUCAUUCCUGAUUGUCUGGUGUCUGACGAAAUCUCGUCACGGGUUUAGAAGUGUCAAUUGAUUUUUGGCAACUUGUGGCGCAGGCAAGAUAUCCGUCUUUCAACCAAAGGGGGGGGUUACUGCGCAGCAGUUCUCUCCGUUCUAUUUUAUAGAUGUGAAAUAUGGCUAUUAAGAGUGGGGGAUACUCGUAGUUUGUUAGUAAUCAAUCAUAGGUGUCUACGUAGCGUUGCUCGUAUAUUUUGGGAACACUAAGUAAGCAAUGCACAAUUUAGAGUACUGGGUAAAGAUGACAAGUCGAUUAAUGAAUUAGUAAGUCUUUAUCGACUGAGGUUGUCGGUUCAUGUGUUACGUACGCCCAACCACCGCCUACUUUGUAGAUGACAUUUUCUGGUGGAGUAAGUUAGAAGGAUGCUAGGAGUGGCCAAACCAAGACAUGGCAUCAGUACAUGAAAUCAUUGACACUAGGACUGAGCCACGUUAAUAGAUAUAUAAUACCUGGUUGGAGUCUGCGCGGCUAUUGUAACCGGUGGUUAGAGGCUGAAUAACAUGGAUCGAAUUCGUUUGGAAUGGCAUAGGUGCAUCCAUUCUUUGUCCUCUAAAUUGUGAGAUUAUGAAUUUCUCAUAAUUUUUUUAUUUCACUAUUUUAUAUUUUUUCGAAUCGAAUCUUCGAUGCCUAAUUUUUCUUAUUACCACAGAUACUGUUACUACUAAUAUUCUAGGAUUUGGCCUGACUUUAUCUCUGUUUAAUAGGGUAUAACAAGUUGAAUUUAUCUACCAUUUUCUACGUUUUCACUGCCUGUAGACACUAACUACUAGGUUGGGAUUUGCGCGAUAACAGCGAUCUGUCGCUAAAGUGUUUGUGUGACUGCUCCGAAUUCUUCACAGUGUGGUAGGCACCUUCCACUCUAUUUUUCCCGCGGUCUAGCCUUCGAUCCUUUCUCUAUACAUAAGUUUCCAUUCAAUAUUUGCGUUCUAUAUUCCUUAUGUUCGUCCACUUAUAUCUUCGCGAUCUCCUUUGAUUUCUAUCUCUUCGUGUUAAUGUAGUAUGGCUGUUUGCACCAACGCACUUUUUUCCAGGCACUAUAGUGAUGACUGCUUACUGAUUAUUCCUCUCCAACCCAUCUUUAAGGUGCGCCCGUCCCCUAAUCUUUUCUAUUUUUAUAACUAUAAUUUCAAUAACCGUAAAUAUUAAGAAACCCGGCCAACUAAUCGUUGUCACUGUUCAUAACUCUGAUAUCAUUGCACUAAUCGUCACCUGAGAAUUGUCGUUUCAAGUAGCGACAAAUUUAAUUAAGUUCAAAAAGCUUCUUACUGUCUGUGCAACACGUCUACUUAGAUUUUACGACAUCUGAGAAUUUAGAUUUAAUUAGAAGUAGUUCGCAAAAUGAAUUUUUCGUAUAACUAGUGUAGUCUUGAUUUUCAAUCACUUACGUUUUAAGUUCUAAUCUUAGAAUUUAUAUUAUUUUAAAUUUUGUUCACUGGUCAAAAUACAUUGGAUUAUUGUGCUUAAAGUUUUAUGUUUAAAUAUUGAGCCCAAUUUUUUCCUGUUUUAGCAGUAAAAUCUGGAAAGGCCAUUAUAAAACAACUUUGUCUGACUCCGUUUCACCACUCAGAUUUUGGUUGUGGUAUAGUGCCAUUAAUGCCCUAAAUUCAUUACCAUAUCAGUUAACUAAGUUGGUUUUCGCCAACCUUUUAGAACUGAAAGUUGUCUAAUACAAAGGACAAAAGCUGCGGAUUUUUAAUCUAUGGAGGAACGUUAACCAUGUGUCUGCUCGUUUUUCACAUCCACAUAAACCAAACUUUAUUCAAUCAACAGCACUGACAAAGACAAAAUAUUUCCUUGGAUUAACUGAUAAACUACGAUAUUCAAACAUAAUCCUUCGUAUUUCUGGUGAAAACUUAUUCAUAAUCUGUGCGGAAUACCCCGUAUUUGAGGAUUUUGUGCAACAUCUUAAACUCCCAGACACGUUUCAAACGUGGUUCUCAUUAACCACACUACACAUAUGGAUGUGCUACGUGCGUCUACGCCAAGAAGGACAAGAAGGGUAUCUCAUAAAAAAAUGGAUGGAUAGAGUAUUAUCAGUAUUACCUUUAACUAGUUUUUCUUAGGCUCUUUGGGAAGAUAUGAAACGCAGAGUGUGUGCAUUCAAAAUCUUAACGAAAAGGCAUAAGCAGAUUAAAGUCUUUCGUGGGCAAUACUUUGGCAAUAUGGUCGGAUAUGAUGAAGCUUUACUAUCCUGCUUAGACUCACAUUUAGCUAGUGCGUUGUGGAGUAAUAUAUGGUUCUGUUGUCCAACAACUACCUUUCAAGAAAUCGAGAUAUUGAUUAAGUAUGUCAGGAAACAGUUAGAACACUUGGAAAAAAUUCCGUCAGAUGUUUUUCUUGAACACGGUACUCCAACGUUUUUACCAUUAAUGCAAGAUGAAAUAGAUGUUUCCCUUGCUAAAGAACGUGUGAGAUAUUGUUUAACUUUUCCCGAACAUCUUAAAUAAAUAAAACAUUUUAAAAUAUCUAUUAA